UUGGCACAGAGAGAAAUCCUAGAGCGCCCUUUGUUUUCUUCCGAGGCGCGUUCGCAGAACUCGGGUCGGCUAAAAAGCAGCCGGGAGAAAUGGAUCCUAAGUUGCAUGAUGUUCGUAAUACAGUGAAAGAAGCAAUUAGCACCCUACAUUCUUCCAGAGAUAGUGCACAUGUCCAGGAGACUUUGUGGGCAGUCAGGAGGUAUCUUGAUGAAUCUGAAAAUCCACCCUCCAUAAAACAGAAGGAAGAAUUUACCCGCAAUCAUUUUACUGUCUUGGUUCAGUCUCUGCUCAGCAACCUGAGUCCUGAUUGGCCAGAGCAGUUUCCAUCAGAGGAAGCCAAAGAACUGUGGGCUAGCUUCUUCAUUGAUGGACCAGCAGAUCAAUCUUUUAUGGCUUUACUGGAUGCUAUAAUUUCUGCAGAGCCGAGUUUUCGUCUGAGUAAAGCAGUUGAUACCCUAGAGCAAUUCUUGCAGAAGUCCAGACUCUCUGCUUUAAUAUGGGAAAUCUGCAAGCAGCAUACAGAAGCCGGUUCUCCGGUUUUGCGCGAAGCAAUUCUCAACAAAGUUGUAUGUUUACCUGAUCACUUAGGGAACAAACUCCACGAAGUCAACCGACCAGUCUUCUACCCUCAAAAUUAUUUUCCAUUGCUUGGCAUGGAAAUUAUCCAGGUGAUGGAAAGAAUUUCUGGCUCGCUACGUGAUGGUUUGGAUUGUUCCAUUUCCUUUGUAUCUCAAGUGUUAGGAAAGGUCUGUGUGCAUGGAAGACAAAAAGAAAUCUUGAGCGUGUUGGUGCCUCACCUAACCAACUGCACUCAGUCUGAUUGCAUCUGGCAGAGAAUCAGUUGGCGACUAUUUGAGAGCGUGCCCGAUCGCUGGAUGGAAGCAGUGGUCUGUGGCUUGGUCCAGGCAGUCCCAGGGCCCGUUGUGUUGUCGCGACUGCUGGGGAAUUUGGUGGUCAAAAACAAGAAGGCCCAGUUUGUCAUCACACAAAAACUGUUGCUGCUUCAGUACUGCUUUCCGACCAAGGUGCUGCAGACUCUCCUUGGCUACCUUGCCCUGGAUACCACACGGCGCUCCUUGCUGGCCAAAAUUCUGAGAGAGCUGCUGGAGACCUGGAGUAGCAGCAGUGCUGUGAAACACUCCCCAGCCGAGCAGCAGCUCUACAUCAGCAAGGCCAUCCUCCUCUGUCUCUCUCAUCUGGAAGAAGAAGACCUCUCAACCAGCCGACAAGAGCUCUUUACCAGCCUGAUGGAGGGAAUGAAAUGCCACCUGGACAGUAAUUUGCCCCGGAUCCGUCGGAUGGGCAUGGUCGUAGCCGAAUCUGUCAGCGCCAAGAUAACGCCGGAAGGGCCCGCGUUGGUGUUCCAGUAUGAAGAAGACGAUGAGAUUAAAGAGCUGAAAUCCUUGCUGAACCAAAGACUGGAAGAGGCGCUAGACCCCAAGCCCCCAGACACUGGUUGCAGGGACAGCACAUCCAACCCGACCUCCAGCGCGCUUCUACCUUCCAGUGUGACACCAGCAGAUUUGGAUGCCUCUGAAGACCCCGAAAAGGGAGUUGAUUCAGAGCUUGAUAGCGAUGACGACCUCGUCCCUUAUGACAUGUCACAGGAUAAAGAGCUGAAGAAAACCAGAGCUCCCACCUACAUCAGGGACUGUUUUGAAAUUCUGACGGGACCGGAAGAUGCCGAAAAAUACGAAGCCACUUUGGGUGUCUUGGAAACUCUGAUCCGGAGGGACACAGCCACCACUCAAGAGAUGAGCGUGGAACUGGCAAAAGUCUUGCUCCACUUGGAAGAGAAGAGCUACAUCGAAGGGUUCGUGGGGCUCCGGCAAGGUGCCCUGGUGGCUGUUACUGUCGCAGACCCCAUCCGAGUGGCCAAAUAUUUAACUUCAGAAUUCUACUCCCUGAAUUACAGUCUGCGUCAACGGAUGGACAUCCUGGAUGUGUUGGCCGUGUCUGCCCAGGAAUUGUCUCGACCAGCUUCAUCUCCCUCAAAACCAAAUGCCAGUCACCCCAGUAUCCAAAUCAUCUCUCAUAACUCUUCUUCUCCAGACUGGAAGAAAGUGGUGGAGGAGAGGGUUAGAAGCAAGACCCGAAGAUUUGCAAAGGGCCGGUUCCAAGCAGAACAGUUGGGCACUCCUAACCAGUUUGCUCCAAUUGCUGGCCAUUUCUUCUUCCCACUUCUUCGGAACUUUGACAGGCCUCUGACCACUUUUGACCUUCUGGGGGACGAUCACCUGGUCCUAGGACGACUGGUGCACACGUUGGCGAUUCUCAUGUACUUUGCUCUCCAUGCUGCGAUAACGCCUGCAAUGGGAAAGGCAUUGCUGGAGUUUGUCUGGGCUCUGCGUUUCCACACCGACACAUACGUGCGGCAUGGCCUUCUGUCUUCAGUCUCCUCCAUACUCCUCAGUGUACCUGCUGAGUACCUUCUGAAUGACAUGACGGAGGAAAUUCUAGAGACUCAAGCCUGGCUGGCAGAUGUCGCCGAGAAGGACCCAGAUGGGGACUGCAGAAAUUUAGCGAUGCAGAAUCUGCUCCUGAUGGAAAACUUGAAAAAAAAAAAGCUUGAAACAGCUGCUCUGGCGUUAUAAGACCGCUUGCUCCUAAAGAUACUCUCUAAAAAGCUGGGUGGCUGCAAAUGUCCCCAGGCCUUUACGAGAAAGGGACAAAAGAGCACGGAGCUGGAAAGGAGAGAUAUCUGGGCUCCGUGUGGCACUUACAACCUGUUGUGGCUAACUGACAUGUACAUUUGGUCCUAGUUAUUUAAUGGUCUUGGCCAAUUUACUGAAAGUCCAAAGCAAAGUUUUAGAACUGCAGGACAUUUUUCCAGAGGGGGAAAAAAACCCCACAUUUGCUCCAAGUACAAAAUGAAUGAUGCCCAUCCUCUGGGUGUUGAAGUAGAGUGAGCUGGACAGUGUAUUUCCCCCGAGCCAAAUAAAGGUGGGAAAACUUUAUUAAAAGCCAUGUUGAGCUAGGACAGGCUCAAUUUUCCUAAAGGGUCCGUUUUCUACAAAGGGUUCUGUGGCCAAAGAAAGUGGAUCCUCUUGACAAAUACUGUAUAAGGGGAUCUUUUCUUAACAGGAAAGCCUUUUAGGACAUGCAUUCAAUUUCACAGCUACUCAGAUUGUUGGCUGAGCAGGUACAAAAACAUCCAGGGAAAUGACUUGAUGCCUGCAAAACAGUCAACAGGAAUGCUGAUUUAAUAACGGUUUACCGAGGAGCCAAGGACUUGGCAGCCCAAGGAAACAACAGCCAAUAGCCGGCCAUCAACACCCCAAUCAACCAAUAAGAAGCCACAUCUUACCAGGUAUCACAUAAAUACUACACAUAAAGCACACGUUCUGAUAGAGAAGUUCCCUUAGGAUGGGCUUCAGCAUAAGUGCAAAAGCUCGGAAGACUAAAUCUCUGGUCCCAGUGGGCCGAUCCAGACUGGAGCCUUUUAAGAUUGCCUGGAAUUUAGUUUACGCCUGCUAGUUUGUACUACUAUUCUGCCAUUCCCAACCUCUUGUUCUUCAGACUUAAGGCCGCACAAAAAGACACAAGCGAGUUGUGUAUCUAAAAUAUUUAAUACAAAUAGGAAGAUCUCUUCAAAAC